ACUUGGUGUUCUUAAACGUCUGGGCACCGUUAAACACCACAGUCUCCAGGAAUAGCUGCUGCAGUGGUGACAAUGUUUCGUCUGUGUUUCUCACUCUUCCUGGGUUUGCUUUGGCUUGGACUGCUCUGUCUCACAGAGGCAGUGGAAAACCAAGCUGAAUCAAGGGAAAAAAGGAGUGUUCCUAACUGGGCGCUGACAUCCUCAGACUUUUUCGCCUGGAUUGAAGAGCUGCGUUCUCACGCUGGCUAUGACAAGAUUGAGGAAUUGGCCAGAACCUUCUGGGCUCACUUCCCUUCCGCCAGCCGCCUGGGUUAUGACCCUCCCGCUCCAGAAGAAUAAAGCCAUCUGAGCUGGAGUCUGUGUUGUAAAGGCUAUUUGCCCCUUUCCUUCAACACAGCUCUUGGAAAAAGAGACGAACAGUCUUUAUUAUUUAGCUUAACUUGAUUUGAGCCAGGACAAUAUCUUGAGAAAGUUUUUGUUUUUGAGAAAGGUUUGUUUUAUUUUUAUUUUUUUGUUAAAAGUUAUGUAAAACCGCUUAUGUAACAGCAUCCAAAAUCCAGUAAAAGUGUCUUGCUCACAAACUGUCUUUUAUUGCUUGGACAAAAUAGUUACUUCUCCUGGUUCUUCUUUAAAAUAAAUGUACACUCUGGAUUUUAACUUGCUGCAAAAUAAAUCAAAUAUAACAUCAUGAAUGUACGCUACACACAGAGCAACAACAGAGCUCGCAGGUGUGCUGUUAUCAGGUGGGAAUGCCGUCCAGGUGCAUAGAGAUGACCUCUGAGUGAGGGUCACCCCCCUCAGGACAAGUACAGUACAUGCAGGAACACGGUCAAA